CAGGCCAUCAAGGGAAGCCCCAUCGCCAUUCUAUCCUGUAUUGGUGCCGCAAUAGGGCCGCUCAUGUACGGUUUCGACAUGGUUAUUGUCGGUGCCUGUAUAUCCAUGCCCGCCUUCCAGUUCGAAUACGGCACGCACCUCGCCGACAACACGUUCAUCAUCCCAGCGCUCUGGCAGUCGCUGUGGAACUCCCUAAUCCAACUUGGCAUCAUCAUCGGUGCUAUGCUCAACAGCGCCUUCCAGGACCGCUUUGGCCGUCGCUGGGGAUUCCGCUCCGGUGGCUUCAUUGCUGCUGUUGGUGUUACCGUCAUGUACAUAUCAGAUAUCCCCGACUCCGUUGAUACCCGUAGAUCAAUCUUCUUGGUCGGCAAGAUAAUCCUCGGUGCUGCCAUGGGACAACUCAACUCGACUUGCCAGACAUACGUGUCCGAGGUCGCACCGCCAAAGCUCCGUGGCCCUCUCCUCUCCAUCUUCACCUUCGCCAUGGUCACCGGCCAAGUCAUUGCCAUCAGCUCCGUCAACGCCCGCAUCUUGAUAUUCACUCCCAUUGCGUACAAGGUCAUCAUUGCCUCCCAAUGGGCUUGGUGUGGUGCUCUCUUCCUUCUCUCCUUCAUCAUCCCUGAGAGUCCUUUCUGGCUUGUCAGUCUCAACCGUCAAGACCGCGCGCGCACCAUGUACAACCGCCUCAACUCCUCGCGCGUGAACAGGGUCGCCGGCUUCGCAGCCAUCAAAGAGACGCUCGACCACGAGAGUCAAUCCCAAAAUGCUACCGGCCAAGCUUCCAUCGCAGAGUGUUUCCGUGGUACCAACACACGCCGUACUAUUAUAGUCGCCUCCACCUUCUGGUUGCAGCAAUUUCUCGGCGUGACGUUGCUCGCAAACGGCCCGUACUUCCUCCAGAUGGCCGGCAUGAAUUUUGUCAAGUCGCUGGAAAUCUCCCAAGUUGGCAUCUCUCUUGCACUUCCCGCGACCGUCAUCUCGUGGUGGACUAUGACGCGCUUUGGCCGUCGAACAAUCCUGCUCUGGAGCAUCGUCAGCGUUGGCUUGCUGUGGUUCAGCGUUGGCAUCGCUGGCGUCUGGCCCACCAAUACCACGGCGUUGAUGUACAUCGGUGUCAUGAUGCAGAUCAUCACUUUUUUCUUUGGUCUCGGCGGUGGCAGUGCCACGCCUGUCAUUGCGGCUGAAAUCUCGUCGGCUCGUCUACGCGCGCUGUCGCAAGCAGUGACCUUCGUUAACGCCGCCUUCUCGUCGUGGUUGUUCAAUUUUGUGGUACCGUACAUGUUCAACAGCGACCAGGGAAACCUCGGCGGUUUGUGUGGCUUCAUCUUUGGCGGCCUCUGCGUUAUUGGCUUUAUCUUCUCUUACUUCUGUAUUCCAGAGACCAAGGGUCGCAGCAUCGCCGAGGUCGACGAAAUGUUCGAGUCACAGGUUGCGACGCGGAAGUUU